UCACUCUUCCACUGUCUGUCAUUUACAGAGUCCUGCUUCGGCCCCACAUUAACAAUGCUCUCUGUCAGUUCCCUCCCUGGUAGCGUGCUUCUCAGUUAUCCAGGCAUGCAUCAGAAGAGCAGCUGUCCUAUCAUGCAUCAGGAGAGCAGCUGUGCAAUGUCAGAUCCAGACCGUGUGGAGAAAGGUCUGUAUCAGAUGCUACAGGAAGCACUGAGAGAGAUUGGGCUUCCUGAAACCCAGGACAGGACACGUGGUGGACACGUACCAGGUGAAUACUACUCAGAGCUGUGUUUCUGUGUGCUGGGUUCCCCACUCCCCCACCUCUCCUUCCUGUUAGAGGCAGGUCAGGUAAGCCCAGGCGAUUCCCUCCUAUGUCUCUCCCCUUCCUGGGUCACUCGGGCCUCCACAUCACUUGUGGUCCACAAAGCCGUGACCUUUGACCUUGGGGGCCGUACCACCCUUCUCACCUUUUGUCCCCCCCGCCGGGUCACUUACCUACUGACCUGCAACCCCUGGGCUGGGCAGGAGGUGACGCAGGGGGUUGACUGUCCGAUGGGUGGGUCAUUGGAGUUGGAACGAUUCUGGAGCGACAGGCUGACCGCGAGGGUCCUGCUGCAGAAGGCCAAAAUCAAUUGCCCUCCAACCCUGGCACUCCUCCUGCCCCCGGGGCAGAACAUCGUGGGGGAGGGGCGCACGGGGGUCGUUGAGGUUGUCCUGCUGGAGACGGAGGGGGCGCAGAGGGGUACAGACUCCAUCCGAAACAAGCUGACGACAUUCCUGGAGUCUGAAGCAUUGAGGCAGGCUGACAGGGUGGUAGUGAGGCGCAGUAGAGGUGGGUCAGAUGACAGCCUUCUUCACCUGCCCCGGGAUAACAGGGAGGAGGUGUGGGCAAAGGUGAGCCAAACGCUGCCCCUCCUAAUGCCUGGAGAGGCCAUCCUGGUUGAGGAAUACUGCUCUCCACUGAAGCCUGGGCCUAGAGUAGAAGACCACACCUGGGAGCAGUACUCUGGUAAUCCAAGGGAAAUGGACUGCAGGCCCCAGAUUCCUGAUCUGUCAUUCAGGGUGUGUGCCACCGUCACCCGCUCCCCCCAAAAUGUCCCCCUGCUGUACAAGUUGGAGUGUAAAGUUGGACCAGUUGGCACCCCUCCAUCUGGAUAUCACUCCAUCUCCCAGUCCCUGGAAACCACCUUGUCUGACCUUGGCUACUCUGACCCGUCCAUGACUGCCUCCCUUCGGCAGCUGGCAACUGACACUGCCCUGGCCUGCCUCCAAGUUGUCAUGGACACCGAGUCUGGGAUGUCACCAGGACAACGGGGCGGGAUGUGUGCUCAGAGCGAUGUGAUAGGUGUGGACCUCCUCAUCACUCUCUCUGGUUCGAUCAUCUCCCCAGUGGUUCUGGGGCUGCGCCCGUCUCCCCAGCUGAGCCCUCACUUCCUGGAGGGUGGCAUGGGUGGCUGGGACGAGCGUGGUAGAGGUAUGUGGUGGGACAAGGAGGGGUGUCUGGGUAGCCUACUGCAUUCCCCCUUGGCCCGCUCACAGUGCUACCUCAUGAAGGGGAAGACCGUGUUAGUCAUCGGGGCAGGAGGGUACAGCAAGAAGUUUGUGUGGGAAGCAGCCAAUCAGUAUGGUCUAAAGAUUCUACUGGUUGACUCUGACCCCUCCCACUUUGCCUCCCGCCUGGUGGAACACUUCCUCCCCUUACCGGACCUCCCUGAUCAUGGCCGAGAUGACCAGCACUGUGUGCGCAUCUGUGAAUGGGUGGAAUCGGCGGGGCUCCGCCCGGACGGGUGUCUGUGUUUCUGGGAUGACUGUGUGGUGCUGGCCUCCUUGAUCUGCCGGAGCCUGGGUCUCAGGGGUGCCCCACCUGAGGCAAUCCACAUUGCCAAAGAAAAGAGUCGUACCCACCUGCACCUACUGGGGCUACAGGGACCCCCGUCCAAGAGAUCUGGUCCCCAUGAGGGCGGCCGGCUGGCGGGUACCAUAGAGACAGUCUUGGAGAUGGAGGGAGAAAGCCUGAGGGCCAUAAUGGACUUUGACAGGAGGGAGCAGGUGGGUCUGAAGGGGGAGGCAGCGGAAAACCAUGGCAACAGCAUCUCAGAUGACUCCGUCCCCUCGCCAGGUUCCUUCUGCUCCUGGGUGCCACACCUUUCGCCCCCACCCGCCAGCUAUGGUGUGCCUUGUGCCCACAUGGAGAAUGCCCAGGACCUGAAGGACGCGGUGCAGCAGAAUAGGGUGCGUUUUCCCGCUGUCAUGAAGCUGGAAUAUGGCGCCGGGGCAGUGGGUGUGAAGCGGGUGGGCUCGCUGGAGGAAGCCCUAACCCACCUGGAGAAGAUUGCAGGUGACCUGCGGGAGGAGACUGACUACCCAGGCAUUGGGCUGGGUUGGGGGAAUGCCAUGACCCUGAUGGAGUUUGUCGGUGGAACAGAGCAUGACGUGGAUGUGCUGCUCUUCGAUGGCCGGCUGGAGGGCGCCUUCGUAUCAGACAAUGGCCCCACCCGAUUGCCUGCCUUCACUGAGACGGCUGCGCGGAUGCCCACAGGCUUGGCACCAGAUAAGAGAGUGCAGCUGAUCCAUGCAGCCUACCACAGCUGCCUGGCCUGCGGGUUACGUGAUGGCGUCUUCAAUGUGGAGCUGAAGAUGACGCCGCUGGGGCCUCGCCUCCUUGAGAUCAAUGCCCGCAUGGGCGGCUUUUACUUGCGCGACUGGAUCCUCCAGCUCUACGGCGUGGACAUCCUGCUGGCUGCCUUCAUGGUGGCCUGUGGCCUGCCGCCCCGCCUGCCCUCAGCCACCUGCCUCCCACCACAGGGCCACUACGCCGGCAUAAUGUGUGUUGUGUCACAGCACCGCCAGGCGCUGAAUACCACAGCACACCCCAGGCGGCUGCGCCAGCUCCACCAGGAGGGAGUGCUGCGCCUCAACGAGCUGGAGGAGGAGCUUAUCUCUGGCGAGUAUGAGGAGCCCUACUGCAACGUAAGCGUGAGGGACGACCGGCCAGAUGACGCCCGCCAACGCCUGCUGGCACUGUGCCAGGGACUUGGGCUGCACUGCCCGCCCCGCUAUGACCUGGACUAUUUCCUGUCCCAGUUUAAAUAGAGAGCCUACUUCCUGUCCCACUUUAAGGGCCUACUUCUUGUUACACAUUAUGUAGAGAGCCCACUUCCUGUUCCACUUCAAGCAAAGGGUAGUGCUAAGUGAUUCAUGUUUUUUUUUUUUAGUUCAGUGUGAUUUCAAUUUGGUUUCUGAAAUGAAUCACGGUUUUUGAUUUCGUUUUUUUUUUUUUUAAAUAUGAAUGUACCAUGAAAUAAUGACAUUUGAAAUUCUUUUUGAAUAUUUUUUUUAUUGAAAUGUUAAACACAAACUUAAAAAACUUCAAAACUCUAUUUUAAAAUUCUCCAAUGUGGUGACUGCAUAUUACAGUAAAUCACUUGCAUAAAUUAUCAGUUUGGUUUUUAAAAAUAUAUGAAAAUUUCAGGUGUGUAUAUUUAAUUAUUUUAUAAUCUAUGUUGGCUUCAUAAUUUAUCUCCCUUUUCAUACACUAUUCGCUGCAGAAGUAAAGAGAUUUUAUCUUUGACAGGUGAACACUACCAGCCUACUGUUUUCAGUGUUCCUCUCGAGAAACGUUAACAAAAUCAUUAGACCAGUUUUGAGGCACAUAUAACAUUCUGCAAAAUGAAAACUACCAGUUUUUUAGAAGCGCUGUUAUGGAAUAUGUGUUGUUAGUUACAGUCGGACAGUAGGCUACAUGAACCUCUUCGGUCCAGCUCGUUGGUGUCCUGCUAGUACUAGAUUCUGUUAUUCGAAACACACUUUGCUCACGUGUCUGUAGGCGAAAUGGAUUAUGGUCAUUGUAGUUAUUGCAACACUUAUUUCUGUGCAAACUGUGUUGAGUAGCUGCCUUUUAAAGACUACAGCUUAAAAAAACUACAACACCAAGCUUGGAUAAAAACACUGUUUAUCCACCCAAUUAAGACAAGAUGUCGAAUGAUUAAUUAUCUAAACACUGAAAAAACACUGAAAUGUCCUCAGCACUAACAAAGGGCCUUCCCCUCCCAAUUUAAGUAGAGAGCCUACUUCCUGUGCCAAAUUAAGUAGAGAGCCCACUACCUGUCCCACUUUAAGUAAAGGGCAUACUUCCUGUUUCACUUUAAGCAAAUGGCCUACUUCAUUUUAAGGGCUUACUUCCUGUCCCAAGUGGAGAGCCUAUUUCUUGUCCCAGUUUAAGUGACUACUCCCUGUCCCUCUUUAACCCCUUAAACCCCACUUAAAACCCAGGGUUUGUAAACCCUAUUAUCUCCAAAAUUAUAUACAUUAUAUAUAUUAUUUAUUCGUAUCAAAAUGAGCAAACACUGGGAUCCCAUGGGAGUCUCACUCCGUAAACAUACAGGAAAUAUUUUUUCAGAAUUAUUUUCUUUAUUCUGUAGUAAUUAUAUAUACUUCUGAUACUGGACAAAACCAGGUUUCUUUUUCCAAUUAUACCCUAGGCAUACCCUAGGAUAUAUACAAUUCCAGGGUGAAGGUUUACAAUGGACUGAAAACAGCAGUAAAAUAUGACAUGCAUUUUCCCAAAGGUGGGCCCAAGUGUCCCAAAAACCUCUCCAGAGGGCACCAAACGUCUUCAAAUUGGAAUAUUGUUUAUAUCUUUUUUCUAAGACAUAUUCCACUUCCAGAAGCUAAUUCCAUUGAGAGUGGUACCCUCUGGAAUCUCACAAAACAAAUAUUUAUUAUUUACCCAUUCUUCCUUUUUGACUAAGCCCUGUAUUUCAGUUAAAUUGUAAUCAUUUGAAGAGCUUCUAAGUAGAAAAUGUUCAUAAUGUUUACUUAUCACACACACUAAAUUCACUCAGAAACAGUCAAACCACUUGGUUUUACCUUGCUGUGUGCUCUGACCUGCGCUCAGCUGACAGGCUUUGUUAAUCAGGCUUGUUCGCAGAAGGCAGCUGUAAUUUGCAAAUGCAGAUUGAGGCUGUAGAAAUAUGCAAACAGCCUCACAGCACCCCUUUUAUUAGUUAUCAUAGCUUACGAAGGAAUUUUACAAGGAAGUGUGAAGUGAAGGAACAGGCAGACCCACACACACAAACACAGACACACACACACACACACACACAUGUAUGGGGCCUACUUCAUUUUAAGGGCCUACUUCCUGUCUCACUUUAAGUAAAGGGCCCACUUCCUGUCCCACUUUAAGCAGAGAGACUACUUCCUGUCACACUAAGUAAUGGGCAUGAUAUUGCUCAACUCGGGUGUUUAGUGCUCCUGCAAUCAAACUCUGAAAAACAACAAACUCUGUGUUCUAGCUUCAUUAGUAGAUGAUACAUGACAAUUAUGCAAAAUACAGAGUUUCUAAGUGCCACCAUUGUCGCGUAUUCAUUUAGGUCAUCCAUUUAACAAGCACCUCCUCCCUGCAGUGUCAUCGGCAACUAUACCCCCCAAAACAUGACACAAUCGACAAUAGAAAAAUAUUCUUUCACCACCAAAAAUUCAUAUUUCAUUAUAGCUACAAAAUAAAGUCAACAAUAGCCCAAAGGUAUGCCAAUACAGUGGUGAAAAAUGAUGAAAAAUGAUGUGUUAUGUUAUGCACCGAUUUACCGUGAAGCUAGAACAAUGCCAAAAGUUUUGUGAUGGAGGAAUGUUAUUAUUAUUAUAAUUAUAAUAAUAAUAAUAAUAAUUAUUAUUAUUAUUAUUAUUAUCGUAUUGCACACAAUGUGGGGUAUUAGUAUCUCUAUGGGCUAUACUUGUAACUUAGGAAAUGGAAAAUACUCAGUCAAAUUUACUGUGUGCUAAUAUGAGCAAGAUGAAUGUAAAAUUUUCCUUUGGACUUAUCAAAAAUAGUAACAUUAGUAAAAUGUCAUCUUUUUUUCUAGAGUACAGAAAAAAGACUUGUGCAAUCCAGAGCCUGCGGGCAGCCAGUGCUUUCCCCUCUUUGGUUUCUGUACCAAGACCCUGUCUGUCUGUAUUCACACAUGUCUUUAACAACAGUCAUGUUCAAAGUUUUGUGCUUGUAAAGUCACACUGGUACGAUUGACUGUGUUUAGCACUGUGAUCCAGACAGCUAAGCUUACAAUAAUGUCAAAGAUUUCAAACACAGAAAACAACAAUAUCUUGGUAAAGGAGCAUGAGCCUUGACAGAUGGAUGUUCAUGAUUUCAGAUUCACUUUAGUUUAAUUAGCGCUGCAAAAUAAAAUAAAUUAGGCUUGUCGCAGUGUUCGGUUUAACCCUGUGGCAUUUGAUGCAUGAGCCUACACAGGUGUAGUUAUUUUCUCACCUCCAAUGGUAUUUUAGAAUUGCAAUUAAAAACUAGAAGAAUGCACUCGGUAGAGUGUAGAUCUCCGCCAGGUGUGUAUGUCCUUUCGGAAGCAGUUGUUGAUCACUUGUGGCCCCUAGUGGCCGGUUAGGAGGAGUGAGGAGUUAGCACUCAAUGUAUUUCAAUGGACAAUGAUGGAAAUUAAUUCAAAUAAAAUACUUGUCGUUGACCGAUUUGCGAAAUAUUCAAUAAUUCAGGUCCUUGGCCUGCUGUCAGCAUGCACAACAAAUAUUAGGCUGAUCGCCCCAGUAGUAUGCGAGAUUAGCUGUGGACAGAUACACAAACACACACACGCGCAAACACACACACACAUGCGACCAACCUGCCUGGCGGAAAUAACUAAAGUAAAAGUAAAAAAGAAAUAAAAGUGCAAUUGUCGAGCUUCAAAGUUCAAGUAAUUAAAUUAAUACGAAACUCAUGAAAAUGCUGAAUGGCUAGUGACUUUUCAAAAACCACUAGCCACAGUGGCUAAUGAGUCAAAAAGUUAGUGUCAAGCCCUGCAGAGAGUGUUUCCCUUUCCUAAGCAUUCCACAGUGUUUCUGAGUAAACGUCAAUUUCAAAGGAAAGUUCUUUAAAAAACAUUUGUUGAUUUCAACAAGAUUGUGUGCAGCCUAUUCAAUACACUAAAGAAAUUAUUGGCUUCAACAGAGCAUUUGGUCUCAUGCUGUGUAGCCAGGUUCCAAUUAUGAGGGCAGCAGGGUAGGAGAGACUGGAGCACAAACUAAUGCAUGUUGUACGUGGUUAUACCUGAGCAAGAAUUAUGUAUUUGUUUUCAUGUAUUAUGGCAACACACUUCUCAUGUGUGAGUGGCGGGAUGAUUUGAAAACUUCUCCAGAAGUUAUUAACAAAAGUUUUAUUAAAAGUGUUUUUUAGCAGCAUGCAUGUAAAUGUUCUUGCCAAAGUGUUUUUUUGAUUAAUUAAUAAUGCGUUUAUGCCACAGACUCCAGGUACAGUAUACUGUAUGUCAUUUAAAACACUGUCUUGUGGGUUAUAAGUCUAGUUUUUACAAAUGACACUAGCAAGCAGAAACUGACCCAUACAGGAGUACAACUAGCAUAACGAUGGCAUGAUUAUAACUGUUAUAACAUGACCCCGUGAAUAUUAAACGCAGCCACAGUAACUUUUAUAAACUUUUCAUGAAAGGUAUAUUCCAUGUAUACCAUGCACUUAUUCUGUUCUAUACAGUAUAUAUAGUUGGGGAUAGCGGGGGCUCAAUUCUGAAACUAUUACUUGAGAUAGAUGAAUCAAUUUUUUGAUACAAACAACCUUUUUUUGAUAAAAUGUCCUUUGGCUAUGAUUACACACCACAAUUAAAUUUCUGGGACAUACCAUUAACUAGCAAUCAAAAAGUACCAAUAGUAACGAAAGUACCAAGAGUGAAAUGUUACAUUUAACCUUGAGGUAGGGGUAAAAACUAACGCUCCACUUGGUACACCGAACAGUCUUAAUAGCUUUAAAAGUUAACACAAAGUAAGGCAAUUGAAUUUUAUUGAAUUGCCUUACUUUGUGUUAACUUUUAAAGCUAUUAAGACUGUUAGGUGUACCAAGUGGAGCACACUCAUAUUUAUAUGUUAUUCGUGGCCUACCUAUAUCAGUGAAAAUCUACCACAAGCAUGUAUUUGGAACAAGUUCUCCAGUCCUUAUCCCCACAAACUACACAAUCCAUUGUUCUUAGACGCACUACGACUUAUAUUGUGCGCUCACACAAAACAUGGAAACACAAACAAAACCAAACAAACCACGCACAAUAAGGACAGGGAUUAGAUGACAUGUUGCUCCCGCGUGCAUCUCUCAUUCCAGCGCCCCGGUCUCACUGCAGGCAGAGCAUAUAAACAAUUAGCAAUUAAUUGUGAUUGCACACACCUGGGGUUGCAGUGCCGGCUAAAUCGCUCCCUCUCCGCCCGCAGAUGGCACCCUAACGACACCACCCCUCCACAGUAUAUUACUCCUGGUUUUCAUUUAAUGUCUGUUCAAUCCAAACAGCUGUAUCAGCCGAUGUCACCACGUUUGCCUAAAGUUAAAGUUGAAUUAAAUAAAUGUAUGACUAUCCAGUCUGAGUUGAACAAAUCCAAUCAAUUGGUUAAUUAAUAAUUGACUGACAACAGGCUAACAACCCUGUUCGAUUUAACUCUGGGGUGUCUGCACUUUUACCUUGCUAGCAAUUCGAGCAAGCUAGUAUGCUAUAUCAAAACUAUACAAUCUGUUAAUCACUAAACGACAGUUUAUGAUCACAUACAUUUGGAUUCUUUGACAUACAUACACCAUACAGUAGCUGAACACUACUGGUAAAAAAAAAAAAACCUUUUUGGCAAUAUCUCCCGAAAUAUUUAUUGAACUCUCCCGCUGUUUGUUGGAAACAAAGAGAUGGUUAUUCUGCAUGUAUAACCUUUAAUAUCUUGUUCAAGCUAAAUGCAUCAACCAAAAAAGUGUGUGUUAUAUGUUGCCCUGCUCUCCCCUAUAGGAGCACUUACUCUUAUCCAUAUCUUUGGAGACAUUCAUCUCACACUAAUGAUAGGUGUCAAAUAUGGCUUGUUUGACAAAAUAGAGGCCAUUUCUCCUCAACAAGUAUCAAAGAUGAGUAUUUUUUUCAUUUGAGUUUGUCAUUUGAGUUGCAUCUGCCAUGGAUGGCUUGUCUGGGUUAAUGUUAGCCUCCGGUUCAGCUGCCUUCAUGGACGGUGAAGACUCCGUUUGGGGUGCAUCUUCUGAUAGCGAUGGAGGCAUUGUCUCUCAAAGCUCAGUAAAAUCAUUGUUCUGUGUUGAAUCCAUGAAGGACGUGGACGAUAAAUUGCCUGCUGUGAACCUGGAUGAAUAAACUUUCUUACUGUAUUUUCUUGUU